CAUCCUUUUUCAAAAACCAACAUGGUAAAGCAAAUAAUGUCUUCUUCAAACUUCUUAUUUUUCUCUCUAGCUCUACUAAUCAUCACACUCUCCCCCAUACCAAAUUUUGCUUCUGCUACUUUGGACGAAGCCAAUGCUCUUCUUAAAUGGAAAGAAAGCCUUGAAAUCCCAAACAACUCCUUGCUCUCUUCAUGGCUUCCCCUCUCUAUGAAUUCAAGUGCAUCGUUUACAUGCCGUUCUUGGUUUGGAGUAGUUUGCAAUGCUGAUGGGAGCAUUCAGAGGCUAAACCUCAGUUCAUGUGGCUUACACGGUACACUCCACCAAUUUCCAUUCUCUUUGCUACACAAUCUUACACAUUUUGAUCUCGGUACGAACAACUUCUUUGGCACCAUUCCACCAGAAAUCCGACUCUUGUCCAAACUUGUCUACCUUCACUUUUCUGAGAAUAAGUUUUUUGGAAUAAUCCCAUCAUCAUUGGGUAGUUUAACAUCCUUGAAAGUCCUUUCUUUGCACGACAAUCAACUCUAUGGUCCCAUUCCUUUUGAACUUGGGGAUUUGAAGGCUCUCAAUACACUUUCCAUAAGCUACAAUCAACUUAGUGGUUCUAUUCCUUUAUCUCUAGCAAACCUGAGUAACCUAGAGGUUCUGUACCUAGCUGAGAAUAAAUUAUCUGGUCUCAUUCCUACACAACUUGGGAAUUUGAAGGCUCUUACUAAACUUGGUUUGAAUGACAAUCAGCUUAGUGGUUCUAUUCCUUCAUCACUAGCAAACCUCAGCAACCUACAACAUAUGCAUCUUUUUAGGAAUAAAUUAUCUGGUCCCAUUCCUUUUGAACUUGGGAAUUUGAAGGCUCUCAGUAUACUUGAUCUGAGUGACAAUCAACUUAGUGGUUCUAUUCCUUCAUCACUAGCAAACCUCAGCAACCUACAACAUAUGUAUCUUUUUAAGAAUAAAUUAUCUGGUCCCAUUCCUUUUGAACUUGGGAAUUUGAAGUCUAUAAUUAUACUUUCCAUAAGCUACAAUCAACUUAGUGGUUAUAUUCCUUUAUCUCUAGCAAACCUGAGUAACCUAGAUGUUCUGUACCUAGCUGAGAAUAAAUUAUCUGGUCUCAUUCCUACACAACUUGGGAAUUUAAAGGCUCUUACUAAACUUGGUCUGAAUGACAAUCAGCUUAGUGGUUCUAUUCCUUCAUCACUAGCAAACCUCAGCAACCUACAACAUAUGCAUCUUUUUAGGAAUAAAUUAUCUGGUCCCAUUCCUUUUGAACUUGGGAAUUUGAAGUCUAUAAGUAUACUUUCCAUAAGCUACAAUAAACUUAGUGGUUCUAUUCCUUUAUCUCUAGCAAACCUGAGUAACCUAGAUGUUCUGUACCUAGCUGAGAAUAAAUUAUCUGGUCUCAUUCCUACACAACUUGGGAAUUUGAAGGCUCUUACUAAACUUGGUCUGAAUGACAAUCAGCUUAGUGGUUCUAUUCCUUCAUCACUAGCAAACCUCAGCAACCUACAGCAUAUGCAUCUUUUUAGGAAUAAAUUAUCUGGUCCCAUUCCUUUUGAACUUGGGAAUUUGAAGGCUCUCAAUAUACUUGAUCUGAGUGACAAUCAACUUAGUGGUUCUAUUCCUUCAUCACUAGCAAACCUCAGCAACCUACAGAGUCUGUACCUUGGUGUAAAUAAAUUAUAUGGUUCGAUUCCACAAGGAUUAAGAAAUCUAGACUUGCUUGAUCUGUCGAAUAAUAAUUUUUCUGGCAAAUUGCCUGAAGAUUUGUGCUAUGGUGGAAAGCUUCAAAGGUUCACAGCAGAUAGUAAUCAACUCACUGGACCUAUCUCAAGAGGUUUACAGAAUUGUCUUAGCUUAAUAAGAGCUCGUUUUGAUCAAAAUCAAUUCAUUGGAGAUAUAUCUGACAGCUUUGGCAUCUAUCCACACUUAAAAUACCUUGAUAUCAGUCACAAUAAUUUUCAUGGGGAGCUUUCUCAAAACUGGAGUAAAUGCAAGAAUUUGACAGCCUUAGUGAUGGCCUAUAACAAUAUCAGUGGUAGCAUACCACCAGAGUUUGGAAAUUCAACUCAACUACAAAGGCUUGAUCUUUCUUCAAACCAUUUGGUAGGUGAAAUCCCAAAGGAGUUUGGGAAGAUGAAAAGUAUGCUGAAUUUGUCCUUGGCUAAUAACCAACUUUUAGGUAUUAUACCUCCACAACUCGGAUCUUUAAAACUCCUCGAAAUACUCGACCUAUCCACAAACAGAUUAAAUGGGUCAAUACCAAGAAGUAUUAGUCGAUGGGAACAUAUCCACUACUUGAAUCUUAGUAAUAACAAACUCACUAAGAAAAUUCCCUCUGAAAUUGGUAAAUUAGUUCAACUUACUGAACUUGAUUUAUCUCAGAAUUUGCUGGCAGAAGAGAUACCAUCAGAAGUUCAAAGUUUGAAAAAUCUGCAAAAGUUGAAUCUUUCUCACAAUAAACUAUCUGGUUCUAUUCCAAACGCUUUUACAAGUUUGCCUAGUGGGAUUGACAUCGACCUGUCCAACAAUGAGCUCACAGGUCCAGUUCCCCUUUGCUCCAACUUUGUAAAUGCAUCCUUACACGGUAAUUCAGGUUUGUGUGGAAAUUUUACAGGACUAAAGUUUUGUGCAAGUCCAAUCUUGCAGAAGAAAAAUGAUCCCUUACAUCAUCAACUCAUCCUGGUAAUUAUGCUCCCUCUUAUUGGGGUAAUUUUACUUGGUUUGUUCAUGUGUGGCCUCAUUGCUUAUCGAAAACAAAGGAGACAUUAUCCACAGAAACCAUUGGACAAAGAAGGUGGUGAUUAUUUCUCCAUAACAAGUUUUGAUGGAGGAGUAGUGUAUGAUGAAAUCUUGAAAGCAACGAACAAUUUUGAUGAAGCAUACUCGAUUGGGACCGGAGGAUAUGGGACUGUGUACAAAGCCAAGCUACAGCCUAACAAUGUUUUAGCUGUUAAGAAACUUCAUUCAUCAUCCGAGAAUGUUGAUCAUAAUGGAUUCCUUAAUGAGAUACAAGCAUUAACGAAUACAAGGCAUCGAAACAUAGUGAAACUCUAUGGAUAUUGUUCGCAUGCCCGCCACUCAUUUUUGAUUUAUGAAUAUCUUGAAAAGGGAAGCCUUGGAUCAAUCUUAAGGAGCGAUGUCUUAGCAAAAGAAUUGGAUUGGUUGAAAAGGGUCAAUAUUGUAAAGGCUGUUGCUAAUGGUUUAGCUUAUAUGCAUCACGACUGCUCACCUCCUAUAAUUCAUAGAGACAUUUCCAUUUCCAACAUCCUUCUUGAUUCCGAUUAUGAGGCACAUAUUUCUGAUUUUGGUACAUCCAAGCUUUUAAAGCUAGACUCAUCCAACUGGACCACAAUCGUAGGUACCUACGGCUAUAUCGCGCCAGAGCUUGCUUAUACGAUGGUGGCAACCGAGAAAUGUGAUGUGUAUAGCUUUGGGAUUGUUGUACUAGAAGUGAUCAUGGGAAAGCAUCCCGGUGAACUACCAACAUUGCCUGCUGAUUAUCUGGUGUUGGCAAAUGUUGGAGAUAGUCGGAUUCCACUUCCUUCACCACAAGUUGAGAAACAAGUAAAUUUAGUACUGAAUCUCUCAAGAGCAUGUUUAAACUCCAAUCCACACGAAAGGCCAACAAUGCGCCAUGUUUCAAAUCUGUUGACGAAGGCCUGAUAUUAGCCUACUUUCAAUGUUCUUUUCUUUUGUCAUGUUCCCUAUAUGCAUCCUGAUAAUAUGUUUUUUGUUUGAA